AUGAGCACCGACGAGGCGAAGCAGGCUCGCAGCCGCGUCUUCUUCGAUAUCACCAUUGGCGGGCAGUCCGCUGGUCGCGUGACGUUCGAGCUGUUCAAUGACAUUGUUCCCAAGACGGCUGAGAACUUCCGUGCUCUGUGCACUGGCGAGAAGGGCAUCGGUAAGGCCGGCAAGCCCUUGCACUUCAAAGGCUCAGCCUUCCACCGCGUCAUCAAACAGUUUAUGAUCCAGGGCGGUGAUUUUACUGCUGGCAAUGGCACCGGCGGCGAAUCUAUCUACGGUGCCAAAUUCGCCGACGAGAACUUCGAGCUGAAGCACGACCGUCCUUUCCUUCUAUCCAUGGCUAAUGCCGGCCCGGGAACCAAUGGCUCCCAAUUCUUCGUUACCACAGUUGCUACCCCCCAUCUCGACAGCAAGCACGUCGUCUUCGGAGAAGUUCUCAGCGGCAAGUCCGUCGUGCGCCAAAUUGAAAACCUCCGAACCCAGAGCGACAAACCCAUCAAGGAUGCGGUUAUUGCCGACUGUGGCGAGCUGUCGCCGUCGGAAGCUGUUGCUGCCGACAUUAAAGCCCCCGAUGCCUACGGCGAUGACUACGAGGAUUUCCCCGAGGACCAAACGACCGGCGACGAACCCCUCUCUGCCUCCAAGAUCGCCAAGAUUGCGAGCGACUGCAAGGAUUUCGGCAACAAGGCGUUUAAGGCAGGCGACUUCAGUGUUGCUCUUGACAAGUAUCAGAAGGGCCUGCGAUACUUGAACGAGGAUCCCGACCUGGAUAACGAACCCGCCGAGACGAAGGAGAAAUUAGACGCACUGCGCAUGAGCCUGAAUAGCAAUGCUGCGCUGAUGAAUAUCAAGCUCUGUGCGUGGGACGAAACUAUCCGGGCCGCGGAAAGUGGCCUUGCCGUCCCCAAGAUCUCGGACAAGGACAAGGCCAAGUUACUCUAUCGCCGCGGCGUCGCGCUCGUGCGGCUGAAGGAUGAAGAUGCCGCGCUCGAGAGUCUUGAGCAGGCGAAGAAGCUCAACCCUGAGGAUGCGGCCAUCAAUGCCGAGUUGAACUCGGUGAAGAAAGCCGCUGCGGCUAGACUGGCUAAGGAGAAGGCUGCCUACUCCAAGUUCUUCAGCUAA